AUGUCGUUCAACUUUGGCGCUCCGGCAUCUACUGGUGGUGCCAGUGGUCAGUCAUUGUUCGGUUCAGCAAACAAUAAACCCGCUUCAGGAGGAGGACUGUUUGGAAAUACGGGCGCAUCAGGAACGAAUACAACAGGUUUCAGCUUUGGGAAUGCCAGCCAAACCACUUCGAAUGCUCCAAGCUCGCAGAAUCUGUUCGGAGCAGCAGGGCCAACGGAGAAUAAUUCUUCAACACCGAGUCUCUUUGGGCAGGCGGGAGGAUCAGGAAACACAGCAUCUUCAGGCGGUCUCUUCGGUGCCAAAAAGCCUGAAGAGACUCAGGGCAAUGACACUUCGAAACCGACCUUCUCGUUUGGCACGCCAGACAAGACAGCUGCUCCCUCAUCAUCUGCACCCUCACUUUUUGGCACGCCUGCCGCUAGCAAUACAAGCAACGUCUUUAGCUUCAACCCGUCAACUACUCCUGCUGGCCCUCCGCCAUCAGGCUCGACAUUUGGCGCGAGCACGGGUGGUGCUGGACUGUUUGGUGCCAAACCUGCUGAUGAUGCAGCGAAGCCUGGGGUCUUCGGCUUGAACAAACCCGCCGCACCAACCGAGCCAGCGGCGGCAUCUUCAGCAACUUCUGGGGGCCUUUUUGGCUCAAAGCCUGCAGCUCCAUCUGGCGGCUUCAGUUUUGGAGCACCUUCAAAGCCCGCCGACUCAACGCCAGCUCCUGCUGCUGCUAAUAAUACAACAUCAAGCAAUGAACCACCCAAACCAACAUUUUCUUUCGGCCCCCCAGCCUCAACCUCAUCCAGCACUCCAGCUGCACCAGCAGCGCAGCCAACCACAUCCGCAAGCGGCUCGUCCUUGUUUGGCGAAGUUCCGAAGCAGCCAAGCACGAGUUCAAGCCUUUUUUCAGCAAAUCCUGCAACUACAGAGACGGCAGCUCCAGCAAAGCCCGCCUUCUCCUUCGGACCACCUUCCACACAGAUUUCGGCAGCUCCAGCACAGACAACUUCCGCCGCUGCUCAGAAACCACUUUUUGGCGGUCUCAAUCUAGGCGGAGGAACCGCCUCGUCCACCUCAGCUGAGAGUGCUCCCACGACUUCCACCGCUCCUUCUGCGCCCGCGUCAAAAGGAUUCUCGUUCGGUCCACCACCGACGACUACAGCUUCACAGCCAGCAGCAACAUCGGCUCCUUCUGCCAACCCUUUCUCGUUCCCAUCGUCAAACACGACAUCAGCUCCGCAAACCACCGCCACGACCACUACCACGGCUACAGCGCCCAGGACUGCUACCGCCCCUCUCGGUGGUCAAAGUACAAUUGGAGCACAGACUUCAACAACAGGCCCAGCUCCACCUGCACAGUCACGCCUGAGGAAUAAAACCAUGGACGAAAUCUUGACACGCUGGGCGACGGACAUGUCACGGUACUCCAAGGAGUUCAAGGAACAAGCAGAGACCAUUGCUCGCUGGGAUCAGCUCAUUGUGGACAACUCUUCCAAGAUUGACAAGCUCUAUGUACGCACCCGGACGUGUGAGAGACAGACCAUGAGUGUAGAUAUGCAACUUGCAGCGGUGGAAAACCAGCAGACCGAGCUUGAGAGCUGGCUGACCAAAUACGAGAAUGAUGUCGACGACAUGCUGGCCAAGGAUAACGCCAAUCCUAGCGAAUUGGGCGGACCAGACCAAGAAAGAGAGCGGACAUACAAACUCGCAGAGAAACUUGGAGAAAGACUGGAGGAAAUGGAGCGGGACCUGGGAAGUAUGGUUGAGGAGGUUAACGCCGCCAAUACAAGUCUGAGUAAGAAUGGCAAGGCGGACGAACCGAUCACUCAAAUCGUCAAAAUACUGAAUUCGCAUCUCAUGCAACUACAAGUGAUUGAUCAAGGAACCGUGGCGCUUCAAGAAAAAGUGGCCGCAGCACAGAAAUCGGCGAGCAGCCUGGGUUAUUUGAACGGCUCUACGAAUGGACACAACGGCGCGGCGGUGCAAGACUUCUAUCGCAGUUACAUGGGCAGGAGGUAG